AUGAAGGCCACCACUAUCGGCACCCUCCUGCUGGCUGCCGGCACCGCGCUGGCCGUACCUGGCAAGCGGGCCCAGAAAGCCGUCGCCAUCAGCGGCUUCUCUGCCUCUCAGAACGACCAGCAGGGAUUUGUCACCUUCAGCUUCAGCGACCCUAACUACAACAAGGCACCUAUCGAUGCCAACGUGCUCUGGGAGCGUCCCGGAAACCCUCCCUCAGACGCUCGCACCAGCGAUGGUGCCUACUUAGUCCAAUUCCCAGACGGCGUGGACGACAUCUCCACCUUCACCUUGCAGGUGCAGCGGGAGAACAGCACCUCCAAGGUCUCGUUUACCGUCGAUGACGCCGACGAGGACACUAACUGGCACUGUUCCAAUGUGAAUGGUACCACGAAUGGGAAGAAGUGCCACUACAAUGGAAACAUCGUCUUUAACCCUCCUUCUCCUUCCUCGUCUCCUUCUGCCUCGCCUUCCGCUUCUCCCUCUGCCUCUGCCUCUGCCUCUGCCUCUCCUACACCUUCCGCUGAGCCUUCUUCUUAA